AUGGAGUCACCACCAAUUCUUGCUGACCCUCCUACUAGUAAUGGUACCACCAAUGUUGUUCCCAUAUAUACUUUAGACGAGCUGGCCACAGCAACUGGUUAUUUCUCCAACGAAAACCGCCUUGGCGAGGGUGGUUUUGGUCAAGUUUACAAGGGAGUACUUUCAAACCAAAAAGUCGUUGCUGUUAAGAGGCUUAAACAUUAUUCUAAUCCGAACAAAGAGGAACAAGCGCGACGAGAUUUUGACGAUGAGGCUAAAACCAUUAGUUGCAUCCGUCAUCGGAAUAUUGUUGAGGUGGUAGGAUAUUGCAGUCAUAAAGCUGAUAGGUUACUUGUUUAUGAGUAUGUGUCCAACAAUUCAUUGAAGUCUCAUCUGGAUGAAGAGUACUUCUUUAAUUUUAGGAAUGGAAUGCCGACAAUCAAUUGGCCAACCAGAAUGAAAAUUGCUUUGGGCACUGCAAAGGGGUUAGCAUAUUUGCAUGAGGACUGUGCACCUGCCAUUAUUCAUCGGGAUAUUAAGAGUGAUAAUAUUCUUCUUAAUGAAAAAUUUGAACCAAAGAUCGGAGAUUUUGGACUUUCCAAAGAUUUUCCAGAAUCUUUUAGUCAUGUUUCUACUGACCCAAGGGGAACUCAUGCUUAUGCACCUCCUGAGUAUUACAACAAAGAUGGCCAGGAAAGGAAGCUUGCAGAUAAAUCUGAUGUCUUUUCUUUCGGUAUUGUGCUUUUGGAGUUAAUUACGGGGAAACCAGCCGUUUUUGAAGUGGAACCCAAAAAAUACAUUCGCUUAGCUGUUUGGUUAACAUCUACUAAAACAGCUAACAGCUAA